AUGGGCGAAGCCGAAGCCUCGGCUAAAGUGCCAAAGCGUCCACGGGCUUGGCUGCUUCAAGCCAAGUGGCUGGUGGUCAUCUCGACCACAGCCGUAAGCCAUGGUUGGUGGGCUGGCCCUGAGGGGCCACCGGAGGUGGAGCCCUUGGAGGAGCAGGCUGGUUGGCGGCAGCAUCUUCGGGAGUGGCUCCCGGGUGCUGAGCGAAGGCUCAAUGCCACUGAAGGGUGGCUUGCCGGCCUGGCGAGCUGGGGUCGGGAGUUGGAAGGAGCCUCGACCUGGGGAAGCUGGGAUGUGGCGCUGUGGAUGGUCGUGGACACCCUCUUCGGCAUGAUCGGGUGGGCACUCUUCGGCAGAGGCUCUCCAGAAGCCUCUGAAGCAGAGUUCUUGGGCCCUGCCACUGGACGGACACCAGAAACCUCCCAGCUUCGGGCAUUCAAGAGGUCCGGUGAGCAGCCCAAGUACAUGGUGGUGAAGAGAGGGGAAGAUGCUGCUGUCUUCGCCAUCGGCAUGGACUCCCAGUCCAUCAAGACCCACGGCCUCUAUGUCCCUGUGGAGUGCAACACGAUCCGCGGAUCUCCGGCUUUGGUGAGGCGGCUGCGGGACGUCGAGAAGGUGCACUUAUGCCGAAAUGAGGCUUGCACCGAGGAGGGUGGGGAGCACUUUGUCAUGUACGGGUUAGUUCGAAAGAAUGACCCGGAAAGAUUCCAGAUGGCCCAAGCUCGUGAGGGUGCGCGCAAGGUGACCCACGACUUCUGGGCCUGGUUGAAAGGGUCCCCAUUGACCGAAGGCACCUCACAGUUGAUGCAUCGCCUUCGGGAGUUGGGUUCCGAAUCGGAGCAAGAGGAGGAGCACCUUAUUUGCUGCGGCAGUCUGGUCACAUGGCGGGGCCCUGAUGGAACUAUGCAGUGCCUGGCCAAUCGGCCGUGCAGUGUGCGUGCUCAACAUUUUGGGCAGCUCCUCCAGGAUGAUGUCCCCACUCAGUGCGGGGCUGUUGCAUUGUGCGGGGAUCAUGCUACCCAAUACCUGACCCGACGGUAUCCCGACAAGUGCAGUGUGACCUUUUGCAAAAGGUUUGGCAACAAGCUGCAGCAUGGUGUGGUGUGGUGCUCAGAACAUGAACCUUCAAGCCUGACACCGACGAGACCCUCUUCUACCUCAGCGCGCCGAUCCAGAUCGAGGUCACGUACACGAGCGGUGGAGGACAUCGACGAGGGGGAGAACGACGAUGAGGAGAACGGGGUCGACAACGAGGAGGCGCAUGGUGACGAGGAUAGGCAUGGUCGUGCGAGAAAGCUGUUGGGAAGGGCUCGUGAAUGGGAGGAGCCCGAGAUCAAAGAGAGAACGCCACGUCGGAGGGGAACAACGCGCUCACCUGGACAUACUCCGAAAGGAUCAAGCAUCAGUCGAAAUCUAUCCCGCAUGGGGAUGCUCGAGUCGCCAGGUUCAGAAGGUGCCGGCAGCUUGCUGGAAGAGUUCUUUGAGAUCUUUGCGGCCGGAAAGGCUGAGGGGCUCCGUGAAGACCAAGCACGCAGAAAGCUGGGAGCUGACCGCCUGCUACUACCCGGUGAUCUUCUUCGACAACUGGUUGGGGAGGCGGAGAAUGAGCAGGCGCAAGGGCAGAGAGGGCUGUCACGUUUCUUGACCACGUGGCGGAAGGAGCUGGCUAAGUUGGGAAGGCCUCAUGGAGAAGGGGAGGGAUGUAGCGACUGGAGUAUGGUGGAAGGUGGCAGUCAAGCCGCGUCUCCUGGGGAUACUCCCGAGAAGGAUGGGGAUAGAGCUACAUCUCUGCCUUUAGCUUCGUCUUUGAGGACCUCGGCAUCCAGGACGAGACCUACGUCUGAGCCUGCACCCCCACCUGGUUUGGCAGAACGGGGUCAGCAGAUGCCUCAGGUGGAAGAGAAGCGAGGUGACGGGCUACGAGUGGCACCCCCCGGGAUCUAUCGCCCUGACACCAGGGCAGGAGCCAGGACCGACAAUGGAACCACUGCAGAACCCGUUGUCCAAAUUGCCAAAGCGAUCCAGCAUCAAACAGCAGAAUUGGCUUCUUUGGUUCGCCAACAAACCGAAGGAGCAGGAGGUCAGGUCCCCGGUACAAUCCGGGGGCUCAACAAACAAUCAGAAGAACUGGUCUUCUUGCUUCGGGCGUGUGGCCAGUAUCAAGUGCGUGUUGGUGCGGAAGAGCACGGUCAGGCACUAGCAAACUCAUUGCUGUCCGCUCAGGUAGGAGCCUCGACCGAGCUUCGAGCAGCAGGCUUCCGCCAACGGAUGUCAACACGGCUGGCAGUGGGAAUUGCAGGGCCGUACUGGGGCAUUCAGGAGAAGUAUGGCCUGAGCGCCGCGGACUUCCUUUCCUACACGGACGCUGAGCUCGACCAGUUUGCUUCUGAGGCUAAGGUGAUGAAGAACACCGACCAAAGACCUCCUCCUCCGUCCAGGUUUGAUGAGUGGACCGCCCGAGUACGACGCCAGACAGAUGUGUGGUGCCUGGUUUAUGGGGAGGAAUGGAGAGCCGUACGGAACAACGCCCUCAACCUCUUGUCGGAGUGGCAUCUGUCCCAUCCUCACAGGUGGCCGCUGGCCAUAGUCAUUGACAUCUGGGAGGAGAUUCACUGGCGAUUUCUGGAGGAGCUCAAGGACGUGCUUCGGAGCCUCAAGAAGGAGAUCGGCAGGGAAACGAUCAGCCUUACCGAGCUCAAGUUCCAUGCGCUACUUCCCGGACCAGAUGGACAGGCAUGGCUGGUGAUGCCCACGACCUUCGACAUUGAGAAGCCCGACUCAUGGUUCCAGACCGAGGUCCUCCCAAGGAUCGAGAGGAAGCAAGACCGCCUCUUAUGGAAUCUCACUUGGCAGGGCGGUGCCCGGAAGGAUCGCAACCCAGCAGCACCAGCUGGAGGAGCAGGGGAGAGUGCAGGAAGCUUGAGUUCGCAGUCCAAGCCCACUCUCAAGUCGCUGUGGGGGCCCAAGCUGACUCCGGAGGAGGUCGGAAUGGCCAAAGAUCGGGCCCCUUUGGACCGCCACGGCAAGUUGCUUUGCUGGGGAAACCUGUGUGGAUUGAAACGGAUGAAGCUCGAGAGCCCGGAUACCGUGACCACCAAGAUCAAAGACAUCCGGUCCAAGAUGCGGGUCGAGAAGACCGACAAGAUCCAGGACGGAAAGAAGCGAGCGAAAGCUGGGAGCACCCCUGCAGCUGUCGGGACAGAAUCUGGAGAGCAGGAGGUAACGGAAGAUGGCCGAGCUGGAGGAGAAGGGCCAAAGGUGCGAUUUUGGGACGUCCCCGAGGAGUUCGAAGUCGACUACACCAAGGGCGAGGACCUCAAGGAUGUGAUUCAAGGGCCGGACUAUGCAUGGCAUCGAGAUGUUCAUCGUGAUCUUCCACCUCAUCGUGGUCGGGAUGGGACUUCGGCACCACAGGAGGCAAAGCACCUGGUCCAGAAAGCCCAGGAGCUAGGAAAGUCCCCUGCUCUCCAGGCACUGGAGGGAGCCACUGAUGACUUGUAUGCAUGGGCCGCCGCUAGAGUUGCCAGGGAACCCGGAGUCGAACUCUCUUCACUUCUUCAGGAAAUGGCGACCUACGGGAUGGGAGAGCUUGCACGGGAAGCGGCUGAACUAUUGGAGCAACGGGAAGGAACUAAAGCAGGCUCGGCUCGACUGGUGGUUCGAGACACCCUGUGGGCAGAGGGGCAACCAGGGCAAGGAAGCGUCGAGCUCGACGGCACCACCUGGCGGCUGUGGGACUAUCAGGAGGACGUCAUGAUGACGGAGGACCUGGCGGCACUUCUUCACCUACCGGAGGUGUCCAUCGAGCGGCGGCAGUGCGUGACCAUCACCAUUGCGGCUAUGGUUGAGUGGAAGGAGAAGAGCCGACGGCCGUCAGUGGAGCAGGUUCAGACCAGAGCACAAAGCCUGAGGUUGGAGCAGACUCGGCUAGCAGUGGACGCGGCCAACACCAUCGGCGAGGCGGAGGAGAUGGUUGCAGCUGUGGAACACGAAGUCAGGACCUACAUCCAUGACCUCACUACAGCUCACCACGAGAAGGACUUUCGCUCGUUGGCGGUCUUCCCUUUGGAAGCCCUUGCGGACUGCCGAUUGGUGGUUUUUAGGGCGGACUACCGAGGAGGCUUGGUCGUGGAGUGCAUCAUUGGGUCCAACUGGAUAGAUGGGGGUUGGACGACCUUUGCACUGAUUUGGAAGGGGCACAUGGUCCUUUUGGAACCGCCGGACGGCUACGACCUGGAGCGCUUCCUAGCCAGAGAGGACCCCCAGACCACACCUGCGAUGGGGUUUACGUUCUUUUGGCAUGCCCGCCAUGAUCAACCUCCCACAGCACCAGGCAAGAUUUUCUGCAGGUUGUGCAAAGCAGGCCGCAAAGCUGGGGAGUCGCUCAACGCACCAAGGCAUAGCUGCUUGUCCUACACAGCCGCCACCGCCGGAGGCACCAUGGACAUCCACCAUGACCACAAUGUGAUUCGGGCGGUUCGGAGUGCAGGCCAGCCGCAUGAACCGGGGCAGCUGGUGCUAAGGGAGUUCUUUGCCGGGAAAGGUGGCAUUUCGGCGGAGUGGAGCAAGACGAGCCCGAUCAUGGAGCCGGUCGAGGUCUACGAGCAUCCCCAUGACAAGCAGGGCUACAGGGCACACUUUGACUUGAGUCGAAAGGAUGUCCACGACAAAUUUCUGGCAGAGGUGCGUACCGGGCCUUCCAAUGUGCAUUGGAUUGCAGCCCCAUGCACGAGCUACUGUGACUGGCAGCAGAAGAAUGGCGGGACUCGCACCUUCGAGUGUCCCGAAGGCACUGGACAGGGACCGUUAGCAGCGACUGAGGCAAUGGGCAACAUUUUGAGUUCGCACGCUGCUGAGCUCUUCGAGGCUUCGUUGGAUUCUGGUGCCUUCCCUCUCGUCGAGUCCAGUGGGGUCAGUGGACGGUACCCCAAGCAAUGGGACCUGCCGUGCUGGAAGCGCAUCCUCAACCGGCCGGACGUAGAGUACGUUGACCACCCCAUGUGCGCCUUUGGUCUUGGCCCCCCUGAUGAGCCAGAUCAUUUCUAUGUGCACAAGACCAGGGUGGUCUUCCCACUGCAUCCACCGUUACGGCGAGCGCUCCGUCGAGUCUGUCCGGGCCUGUCGACCUCGCACCGGCACAUUGGGCUGAAGGGUUGUCGCGACGGCCAAACCGCGGUCUUCGGGAUCGAGGCGGAGACGAUGGAGAAGAUGGAGGUGCCCUACUACCUGGUGACCGUGACGAGGCUGGCGGAGACGGUGAGGAUGACCUACCUGGAGACCUACCUGGAGACGAUGACGAAGGACAUGACGGAGAUGGCGGAGGGCCGUGAUCUCAGCAAAGGACCGGGUGAUCCCUAUGCCGUGGAGACCAAUGAGAAGCUCAUCCGCUCCAGCUGGAGCCCGGGAAAGAUCCCCACGAGGGAGUUCCAGAACAGGGCGGAGCGAUAUCGCUUGGCAUGUGAGAAAGGAAAGGGCAAAGGCACCUCCUCUCGAGGCGCUGGGCCAGCCCCAGGAGAUCCUGACCAAGGAGAAGGGGAGACCCUGCAAGGAGUCUGGGGGGAUCCAAUGGGCCCUUCCACCAGUGUGGACUUUCACCGCACCAGCCCAACCGGACCGGGCGACCACUGGGGCUCGCCUCAAAGGUGGCAGUACAACCCGUCCCGCAGGCAACUGUGGAGAGUUCAUGAUGAACCCCGGACGACCCUUUACGUCCCGUCGGAGAUUGGUCUCCGUACACCGCUUGCCCACCUAACCAACGAGAGGGUCACCCAUCUGCGAGAAGGGGCGAACCAGGUUGUCAUCACGGAUGAUUGGCGGGCUGCCGGAGGGGCUGAUCCAGGCUAUGGCAAGUGGACGGGCGUAACCAUCUUCACCAUCCAGGAGAUGCCGGUUGUCGACGACGAGGCGAUCCCGUGUGAGGACGACUGGGAGUGGGGCGAAGACGAAGAUGAGGGACCUGACCCGGGAGAAGAUGACGGACCGGAGCCCGAGGUGAGUGUCCAAGUGGAGUCAGGCCCGACGGCCUACGCCGGGAGCGAGGCACGUGAUGGCCCCGGUUCGGCCUACCAAGCACCAACUACAGCAGCACGGCAGGCAGCGGAGGAGUAUGUCAAGGCGAUUGAACAGGACUUUGACAACACUCCUAUGGGUUGGGCAGCCGUGCUACGGGCGGGCAACAAGCUGGUUGAGGUCGCGGGUGGAGUGAGGCUGUGGAGGUGGUCGGAGGCGUGGUGGUGGGCUCAAUGCAUGGACGAGGAAGAGGAGGACGAGGCCUACACCCUGGAGUUUGCCAACGAGAUCAAGGGUUCCUAUGCUGGCGGACGGACCAAAGCCAAGACCGACCCGCUCAAGGUUGCCGAGAAGGUGGGAGCCCAGGCUGUUCACCUCACCAAGAGUCUCGCCCCGUUUUGCGGUGAUGUUCGUGAAAGGGUCGAUGAAUGGCUGGAGGAGAACAUGACUGGGGACAAGAGUGCCGCGACGGAGAAGGCCUAUGGCGGAGCAUGGAUGAAGUGGUGCGCUUGGGCUAGAAGACAGGGCUGGCCAGAUGAGUUCCUCAACCGCAAUGUGGACCCGAUCGAGAACGAGAACCGAGUGCUGGCCUACGUGGGUUACCUGGGAUGGCUGGGCGCCUCGCCCAAUACCAUCCGUCAACACAUCUUCGCGAUGAAGAUGGUGCACAAAAGGAGUGGCAGGGGCGACCCCUUGGAUGGAAUGCACCGGGUGUGGAUCCUCGUCAACGCCUUGGACCGGAGAUCGACUACCAGGAAGCCACGGCGCUUGGGGGUCACGCCUGAGAUGUUAGUAUGGUUGGGCGAGAACCUGGUCGACCCGCUAGUGAAUGACCGGCAUUCAAUUCCGUACGCGGAGGCAGUGAUGGUCGUGGCGGCCUUGGAGCUGGCGUGGUUCUUCAUGCUGAGGGCCAAGGAGUUCGGGGAAUCGAACGGAGUGGACGAGAGCAUGAUCACGAGGGGCUGUGACAUCCGCCUUUCUCACCAAGGAGUGGCAAAACCGGUGGGGGAGGCGACCGAGAUUUCCCUCUUCUUCCGGAAGACCAAGAAUGACCAGCUGGCCUUCGGGGACACCAAGACGCUGCAGGCCACAGGGAGGAAGCACCUUUGCCCAGUCGAAGCACUGGACCGUAUGAGGAACGAAGAGGUGGGUUUUUAG